AUGUUGUUUAAGUCGGUCGCCCUAGCGCUCUUCACUGGCCUGGUUGCGGGCGCCCCCCUUGAUUGGGAAAACAAACGAGCACUUCCAACCCCAGUCAGCGCUGCAACUGCAAAGACUUAUCUCGCAUCUUUGACGGUAGAAGCAGAAUCCAAUUCACCAGCCUAUGACCGUGACCUGUUCCCUCAUUGGAUUACCAUCUCUGGCACAUGCAACACCCGUGAAACCGUCCUGAAGCGUGACGGGACAAACGUCGUUACCGAUUCUGCCUGUGCCUCAACCUCCGGCACCUGGAAGUCUGUCUAUGACGGCGCGACCUGGACUGCCGCUUCUGACCUUGAUAUUGACCACAUGGUCCCCCUCAAGGAGGCCUGGGUCUCUGGAGCUCGCACCUGGACAACCGCCCGCCGCCAAUCGUUUGCCAACGACCUAACUCGUCCUCAACUCAUUGCAGUUACUGACAAUGUUAACCAAUCUAAGGGAGAUAAAGACCCGGCAGAAUGGAUGCCCCCUCUGUCCUCUUACUACUGCACUUACGUUCGUGCUUGGAUCACUGUCAAGUACUACUACGACCUCUCGGUAGAUUCUGCUGAAAAAUCGGCUUUGACGUCGUAUCUCAACAACUGCUAA